AGAGUAUGUAUUCUACAACCAUCUUGUACCUUGGAAAACCAGCUAAAAGAACAUCCCUAAUAAAAGUUGCCAUGAUCUGCAAAUGUGUAGCUCAGUACAGGAAAAAUCAACAUCUACUUGUCCCAAGAGAUCCAAGAGCUUAAAUGUCUCAAACUAUCUGCCAGAACUCAAUGGCAGCAUUUGUACAGAAUACAGGACAAAACAUAAGCACUUGAUAGCCCAACAACCAGGAAUUGCAUCAUAAGAAUAACAUUUAAUGCAGACUUGGUUGUGUUUAGAUAUGAUCCCCCUGUGCCAUGUUUGCAGGCCAUACUAAAAAACGAACAGAUUCUGAUUUCCCAAACAUAUCAAGCUAAACAGGUAAUUGAAAAUGGCCAAUUCCCACCUGUAGGGCUAAAAAAAAAUCUGAUAUUUUGUUUUAAAAAACUGAACAUGGAAAA